AUUGACCAAAAUGAUAGAAAACACCAAGUUGACGGAGGAAAUCCUCAACGCAGAGCUGUUUAACGAGAAGAACGAGCAGACCACCCUGCAGGGAGAAAUCGACAAGCACAAGGAGCUCAACGGAGUGGUCGUCUUCGUGUACCCGAAGGCGGACACACCCGGCUGUACCGAGCAGGCCAAGUUGUUCAAGGAGAAGUUUGAGGAGUUCACUUCAAAUAAAUACGCGGUGUAUGGGCUGUCCGCCGAUUCGGCUGAUGCGCAGCUAAAGUGGAAGGAGAAGCUGGAACUGCCCUUCGGGCUGCUGUGCGACGCGGAGAAGAAGGUGCUGAAGGAGCUGGGGUGCCUGAAGGAGGACGAGCGAAUUGCGAGGUCCCACGCGGUGAUCAAGAAUGACUGUGUAGUGUCCUACUUUAAAAAGGGAGUGAAGCCAGGACAGUCCGCAGAAAACGUGUUGAACUUUAUCAUCAAGGGAGAGAAGGAAGGGGAGGACGCGGAGACGGACGCCAAGGCAGAUGCAGAAGACGACGAAGUGGAAGGCGCAGACGAUGAUGAAGACGGUGCAGCUGAGAAUAACGCGGAAGGGGCAGAAGUUAACGGAGAUGUGAAGGAAGAAGGUAAAGCAGAGGGAGAAGAGGGAGAUACCAAAGUGGAAGGUACAGAUGGUAGUGGAGGAGAUGGAGGGGAGAAUAACAGUCCAGAAGAAGAGGGAAAGAAUGACGAAAGUGGAAAGGAAAAGAAAGCUGCUUCAUCAUCUGGUUCGAAGAAAGCCAAAAAUGGUGCCCCUUCUUCAGGAGGAGGAGGCGGAGGAAAUGUAGUGAAGAGUAAGAAGAAAAGCUCCAAGAAAAACAACAACGGAGGGAACAAAAAUGGUAAGGCGGCCAAGAAAGGAAUGAGUGUGAAGAAGGAAAUAAAAAAAAAAAUGAACAGCAAGGGAGGACAGCAAAAGAAGAAUGACAAGGUGAAAUCAAAAAAUAAACUUGUUAAAGGCAAAAUGGGAAACAAUAAAAAAGGAGGCUCAGGAGGUGGCAACAUUAAAAAGGAGAACAAAAAAGAUUAUAAGAAGAAAAACAAAAAUAAUAAAAAUGUGAAGAACAACGGAGGAAAGAAUAACAAAAAUAACAGCAAGGGUAAUAAAAAUGUGAACAAAAAAAAUAUGAACAGCAAGGAUAAACAGAAGGGAGAAUCUGGAGGAAAGAAUGACCAGAAGGGGAAAAUGAAGGGAAAAAGUGGAGGUGUUAAUGCGAACAAAAAACCUAUGAACAAUAAUAUGAACAAGUCAGGUGGAAAAAAGAACGUUAAGGGAAAGGAGGCCAACAAAAAGGUGGGCAAUAAAAAGAUCGACAAGAAGAAGGAGCAGCUGUCCAAGAAGAGCAACAACGCGGGCGGCGGCAAGAACAAAAAUGUGAACAUGAGCAAGAACAGCGUGAAGAGCAACAAGAAGGUGAAGAAGAUGAUCAAGAAGAAGUGA